CUUGCGCCAUCACAAGUCGCAAGCCAAAACCAUCUCGCUCGAGCUCACCAUGGAAUUCUCCUCGAGUUCAACCUCUCUCUUCCUCCUCCUCUCUAUCCUGCCUCUCCUCUACUUUCUUUGCCAGCGCAACGACCCCAAGAAGCAGCCUCACGCCCAUGGGCUCAAGUCCUACCCCGUCGUCGGCAUAGUGCCGCACUUCACCAAGAACAACGACCGCUUCCUUGAGUUUACAACCGAAAUCAUGAAGCGGAGCCCCACGCAAACCAUGUCGUUCAAGGCUCUAGGUCUCACCGGCGGCGGCGUCAUCACCGCCAACCCGGCCAAUGUCGAGUAUACGCUGAAGACUAACUUCGGUAACUACCCCAAGGGCGAGCUCGCCGUGUCCAUGGUCGUGGACUUCCUCGGCCAUGGCAUCUUCAACUCCGACGGCGAGCAGUGGCAGUGGCAGCGGAAGGCCGCCAGCUACGAGUUCAACAAGCGCUCGCUGAGGAACUUCGUGGUGGACACCGUCAGGUCCGAGGUCGUCGAGAGGCUGCUGCCGCUUCUGGAGCGGGCGGAGCGCGACGGCCGGACGCUGGAUGUGCAGGACGUGCUGGAGCGCUUCGCGUUCGACAACAUCUGCCAAGUCGCCUUCGACGAGGACCCGGCUUGCCUCGCCGAGGACAGCAUGGCCUCGCCCCAGAGCGCGGAGUUCAUGCGCGCGUUCAACGAUGCGCAGAUUGCCGUGAGGGACCGGUUCAUGUCGCCGGUCAAGUCGCUGUGGCGCUUCAAGAGGCUGUUCAACAUGGAGCCCGAGAGGCGAAUGCGGGAGGCGCUCGCCACGAUCCACGGCUUCGCCGAGCGGAUCGUCCGGGAGCGCAGGGAGAGAGGGAAGGCCGGACUGGCGCGCAGUGACGACUUCCUCUCGCGCUUCGCCGCGAGCGGCGAGCACAGCGACGAGAGCCUCCGCGACGUGGUUACAAACUUCCUCCUCGCCGGGCGCGACACGACGUCGUCGGCGUUGACCUGGUUCUUCUGGGUACUGUCCGGUCGGCCCGACGUGGAGGACAAGAUCGUACGCGAGAUCCACGCGGUGCGGCGCGCGUCCGGUAGCACAAGCGACGCGACGUUCAGCUUUGAUGAGCUGCGUGACAUGCAAUACCUCCAUGCCGCCAUCACGGAGUCUAUGCGGCUGUACCCACCCGUGGCCAUGGACACGCACAGCUGCAAGGAGGACGACUUCCUGCCGGAUGGCACGUUCGUGGGGAAAGGGUGGCUAGUGACGUACUGAGCGUACGCGAUGGCACGGGUGGAGGACAUCUGGGGCGCGGAUUGUGAGGAGUUCAGGCCAGAGCGGUGGCUAGACGAGGUCGGCGCGUUCCGGCCGGAGAGCCCGUUCAAGUACCCGGUGUUCCACGCGGGGCCGAGGAUGUGCCUCGGCAAGGAGAUGGCCGACAUACAGAUGAAGUCCAUUGUAGCAUCUGUGCUCGAGAGGUUCAGUCUCCAGUAUGCCGGCGGCGAGGGACACCCGGGGCUCGUGCUCUCGGUGACGUUGCGCAUGAAGGGCGGUUUGCCGAUGCAAGUGGCCACGAGAGGUUGAUGACCGGAGCGUGCUGCUACACUUGUGGACUUCGUUUUUACAGAACUAGUGGCACGCGAGAUUGCAUGGCUAGCAUAACAACAUAUAUAUUUUUAUAUUUUAUUGUUAAAAUAUGUUAAAUGUAUAUAAUUCUAAGUUAUGUAAUAAUUUCACUUUCAGUUAUUUCUAAAU